GUGCACAAACGCGUCGACGCCCAGUUCGACGACUUGACGCAUGGCUUGCUCGAAUCCUGCUUGAACGAGGCACAAUCGGGGCUCAAAUCCGACGGCUUGCAUGACGCCAUCGACCUGCACACGGCCCCUCCUCAGUUGGCGACAGUGGCUCGAUUCUGUCGCCUCAACCACCUCGUCUCUGCCCUGCAAGAGAUCUGCAACCUGCUGGCUCGUCUUCAUUUGGCCCUUUCGUGUCAGCCGUUGCCAGGGCGACCAAAUGGCACUGAUUGGCCACCUCGGACCGAUACCGAAAGGAACAGUGCCGCAGCAUCGACGUCCACGGGCGCAUGUGGCGGCCGAGCCCAGACACAAACGGUGCUUGAUGAGGCCACCGUCGAGGGCUGGGGACACGAGCUGCUGCUCGCCGUAGACAAACAUGCAAGCGUGAUUGACGCAGUAAGUGAGCCUGACUUGUCUCUUCUUGCCUGUUGUUACCCCAUUCUUGCUAGAGUCGCCUUGACAACGGGGUCGUCAUGCCACUUUCCUGUGCAUGGGCAAGCAUGCGCCCACGGGACUCGCUUCUCAGCCACCCAUUCGGUGGCGAUUUGGUGUGUUGAAUGUGCCACAACAUGGCCUGGUUCGGGGAACAGAGCACACGGACCUUGCUCCACCCACCGCUCGCUGGCUUGA